AACAUAUCAAAAAUGUGUUUUCAAACAGAGAAUUCCCAUGUUUGGUGGAUUAAGAACAAUUGCAAAUCAUCAAGCUUAUGGGAUAAGAAGCCACAUUCCUCGCUUAACUCGCAUGAAGACCUCAAUAUCUUGCUCUGUGGCUCUUCCCGAAACGUUACAAAUUGUUCAGAGCACAAUUGCAAAGCAAUUGUCCAUUGAAGAGAUUACUGUCACUCCAGAGACCAACUUCGCCGAUUUGGGUGCUGAUUCAUUGGACACGGUGGAAAUCAUGAUGGCAUUGGAAGAAAAAUUUGGGGUAUCCAUAGGAGAAGGCGGUGCUGAGAAUAUUUCUACAGUACAAGAUGCUGCCAAUUUGAUUGAGAAGGUCAAGGCUGGAGAUGCCUAAUUUAGAGAAAGAGAGAUGUAAUAAUUUUAAUUGAGGAGUACUGAGAUUUUUGGCUAUUGUGCUGGGACUGCCAUAUUGAGUUUUCCCUUCAUUAUUGAAUUUUGAGCUGUUAUUGAUGUUUAAAACAUCAAUUUCAUAAGUAUAGCCAUUAGUAAUUCAA